AGGGCAAAAUGCUCUUAAUUUACACCAGAAUGCAGGAAAUAGGAUCAAUACUUUUCAAAUUUUUCUGGGGGAGGACCCCCAGACCCCUGUCAGCAUCACACAGACCAAAUCUCACUCUGAAGUCUGGUCACAAGUUGGCAGUACAGCAGCAGUGUGAUGUCACAAUAUGUCACUCUGAUCUCAAUAAAACACUUUUAUUACAGGAAAGCCCUUCUGUAGGUUAUGUGUACACUCCAAUCAGUCGGAGCUGAUGGAGAGAAAUCAGUUUUAUCCCGCCGGUCUUGUAUCAGGUCCAGUCCAGUAGGUGGCGGUAGAGCACCACAGAAGAAGAAGCAGAGGACGCUGCAGCAGCAGAAGAAGAAACAGUGACUGAUGGCGUCCUGCUAGCAGUUAGUGUAUGUUCCCGGACUGAAAACCAUUUAAAGAUGUGUUUUAAAGCGUUCACACUCGGUCUGUGAGCUUCUGAACUUGUCGCUGCUCUGUCAGUUCCGACUGAAACUGCUCAUGGUGUGUUUGGUUCCGUUUGAAGAGUCAUGGAGCAGAAGUUCAGAAAGUGGAAGCAGCAGAGUCUGAGCAAACUGGACCAGAGUAAGAAAGGAAGCGUGGAUAAAGACAUUAAACACGUCGUUUCUCUUAUCAACAGCUGCCAGGAAUAUUUCACCACCAGCUCCUGCUCCGGGAGAAUCAUCCUCAUAGACGGGGAUUCUCAAAGCAGCGACGUCCAGAAACAGAACUGUGUCUGGCUGUUUGUCUCACAUGAGAAAUGCUCCUCUGACGACCUGAUGUCUGGUCUGACGGGCUCCAGUGGUGAUGCUGUGUUGAAGUUUGAGCCCUUUGUGCUCCACGUUCAGUGCAGGAGGCUGGAAGAUGCUCAGCUGCUGCACUCUGUCGCCGUCAGCUCCGGUUUCAGGAACUCUGGGAUCACGGUGGGAAAGACGGGAAAGACCAUGGCGGCGGUUCGUAGCACCCACGGCCUGGAGGUUCCUCUGAGCCGUGAAGGAAAGCUUCUGGUUGAACUCGAGUACAUCCGCUUCCUAACGCAGAUAGCCAAUCAGAAAAUGGAGCAGAACCUCAGACGGACACAGAGGUUCUACGAGAACCUCCAGUCAGCCCUGUCCGCAGAGAAACUACAAAAACUACAAACCCCAGAACCUCCCGGCUCCCAUGAACGUCACGAUCCGCCUCAUGUUCUGGAGACAGAAAAGGAGGAGAGGAAGAAAUCAGAUGUGUAUAAACGGAGGCGGAAGAGAGAACAGCAUCAGACGGACUGUUGCCAUGGUGACGGGGACGGUAGGAUAACGGAGCUGGACGACUGUUUGGAUCUGUUCCUGUGAAAUAAUGAACGGUCAGUUUGUGGUGGAUUAAAGAGCCGCUCAGGUUUGGGUUUGGUUCAGACAGUAGAGACGACGUAUGUUUUGGACUCAGAGGAGAUAAAUCUGCUAAAAAAUAAAGAAAUAAAUGUGUAAAUAUAAAGAGGAAUACAUUUUAAAAAAUGGAAAUAUAAAGUUAAAUUUUGUCUUUG